AUGGCCGGCUACUGCUGCGGCUCCUCCUCCCUCCCUCGUCCCGCCGCCGGGAACGCUGCCUUCCGCCGGCGGGAGACACGGACGAGGAACGCUGUCAGGUUCCGCCGCCCCACCGUGGUCUUCAGCGCCCUUUCCGAUCCCUUCGUGCUCGAAAUCGCGGAGAAGCUGGAGGAUUCCCUCUCUGUGAACGCCGGCGACUGUGCUGUGCCGCUGCAGAAGCUGCGGGACGUCUCCUCUCAGUCGCUGCUCUCCAGGUCAUGGCCCUCCCUCAAGGACGAGCCAUUCCGCUUCACCGACACCUCCUUCCUCCGGCAGUCCAGGAUUCUCCCCGUCUCGGUACCCCCUUCUCCCUCUCUGGAGCUUCCGGUCAUGGCCGGCGGAUCCGUUUCCCCGCAUGUCCUCGUCGUCGUCGAUGGCCGUGUUGUUCCUUCUCUCUCCGAGCUCUCCUCGCUCCCCGAGGGCGUCUACGUAGGGGGAGUCUCUGAUCUUCCGCCGGGGCCUGCGUCGGAGAGAGUCCUGGAGGUGCUCGCGCAGGGCGACGCCUUCCACGGCGGCGACCUCUUCUGGGACAUCAAUGGAGCCGGAGCUCCUGAUUUGUCCGUGGUUUACGUGCCGGCUGGUGUCAGAAUCGUCGACGAGCCGCUGUUCUUGCGGUUCUUCUCUAUGGAAGGGGGCGAGAUCGGGACGAAUUCCCUCUUCGUCUCAAACCCUAGGACGGUGGUGGUGGUGGAGAAGGGAGCGGAGCUGGCGAUCGUGGAGGAGCAUUUGGGGAUCGAUGGCAGCGACAGCAAGUGCUACUGGUCCAACUCCGUGAUGGAAAUCGUGGUCGGCGAUGGCGCGACGCUUUCUCACUCCUAUCUUCAGCAGCAAUCCCGAAAUGCUGCUCACAUCAAGUGGACCUUCACCAAGCAGGUGAGUCGCUCUCGCGAUCUUCUUCGCUCGCUGUCAUCUCAAUCGAUUGCAUCCUCUUGAACUUCUGGCUUCUCCUCAAGAACGUGCGAGGAACCCUAGAAACAUCAUUCUGGUUACUAUAAUUGGCGGAGGAUAACAGCGUGAUCAUCUGCAGGAAUCAUCCAGUGUCUAUGAGCUCACCGAGGUGAGCACCGGGGGGAGGCUGGGCAGGCAUAAUCUGCACGUCCAGCAGAUGGGGCCGGACACUAGGACGGAGCUCUCGACCUUCCAAAUGUCCCGAAGCAAUCAGACCCAGGAUCUGCACAGCAAGCUGGUCCUGGAGCAUCCUCGCGGGUUCUCCCGGCAGCUCCACAAGUGCAUCGUCUCCUAUUCCUCCGGGCAAGCCGUUUUCGACGGGAACGUCAAGGUCAACAGGUACGCGAGAAGAGAACCACCUGCUCCAUGAUUCAUCUCCUUCCCCGGUAGCAUAAUCGUGCUCGACCUAGGAAUUCUCUCAGCUAUUGGAUUUGGAGAUCUUCGAAGAGUGAGGGAUUCCCUUGUAGUGCUGUUGAUGCAGAAGCUUUCAUCUCAUGAACUGCACGAGUGCUAGGGUUUUUCAGAAGGUUGCUGAUCAGCUUCCUCGUCCUCCUCCUUAACCUGGCAGAUACGCGCAGCAGACCGACGCCGGGCAGCUAACUCGGAGCCUCCUCCUGGCGCCUCGAGCGACCGUCAACGUGAAGCCCAACCUGCAGAUCAUCGCCGACGACGUCAAGUGCUCCCACGGAGCCGCCAUUAGCGACCUCGAAGAGGACCAGCUCUUCUACUUCCAGGCCCGCGGCAUCGACAGGGACACGGCGAGGGAGGCCCUCAUCUUCUCCUUUGGGGCGGAGGUCUUGGGCCGACUGCCCUACGAGUCCCUCCGAAAGGGCGUUGCCAGUCAUAUCAAAACCUUGCUGUCCGCCAAAGAACCCUAA